UACAGAGCACAGUGCAAGACCAAGGUACAAGCCGGGUGAGAAGGAAGUGGAGACUACCACCGGGAAGGUGCUGAGAGGCCUGAUGGGGAACUGUCUGCAGAGGACAACCAGAUAUUUCAGGGGCUGGAGUUGUUGUCACAUUGUUGAAGGAUGCUCCUGCCUUCCUUGGAAAAACAUAAGGACAUUUAAAGCCGGACAAGAGUCUCCAAAGCAAAGUGAAGGAAUGUCUUCAGCUCCCAUUCAGGACAAUGCUAAUGAGAUCUACACAGAAGAGUUAUGCUACGUCCUUGUGGAUCACACAGCCCUCAGGGGAAGGCCAUCAGUAUCAGUGAACCAUUCUGAGGGGUUCUAUGAGAACAUCUCUAACAAGGCUGGGAGACAAAAAGAGUCUUCAAGAGGAACAGAGACUGAGUAUUCAGUUCUCCGUUUUCCUUCUACCCCUCAGCCCCUACCAUCUUCUGCAGAAGAUGAAUAUGAACUUCUGGUGCCUAGCAGAUUCUCCUCACAUGGUGUUCAGCAUCCACGGCCACUUACAGCCCCCUAUGAGACCCACUUUUCUCAUCUACAAUGAAGUGACUAGGUUAGAGUUUAUUUAGCACUGACAGAUAAAAGUAGGAGUUUGGGACUCUAGGUGAAGCAGUCAUGGAUCACGGAGAUCCUUAGUUAUUUCUUCUGGAGGACCUUGGCAGGGCAGACUCUGCAAACCACAAUGCCUCUCAGAGUCUGACAAUAGCCAUUCAAAAAUCAACUGUCUUGAACAUCGCAUUGAAAGGAGUGACCACCUUUGUUCCUAAGUGGUGUUAAAAAAUAAUCUGUUAUGGGAAGGGAUCCUGGUAUCGACACUGGGGUGUACCACAAAAGACUCUGCUCUUCUCACUAAGCCCUUAUGAAUGACCCCCACAGCUGUACUCUGCAGUCAGGGGAAGCUUACUCAUUGUGUUCCAUAACUCCAGAGAGAAUUCCCUCAUCACUGUUAAGUUCUAGCUCAGAGCCACUUGCUGUGGAAAACAGCAAUAUUCCUUUUAUUCCAUGGGUCUAAAGCGUGUCCUUCACAGUGUCCUUGGCCACACCUUCCCCAUGGCUGGGAAUUUCCUGUACCAUCAUUAAUAUAAUUUUAAACUGUAUUUUUAAAAUUUGAGUUUCUCAUCAGAAAUGUCUUUCUCCUGUGGUGCAGAAAAAACAUUCUUAGAACCUUCUCAUGCUAAGCAAGUGAUUGGCCAUGAAGAGACAACCCAAAUGCCGCCACACAAAUCUCAGUAGAACCACCAUGGUGUCAGGAACUGACAAAGAGAAAAGUUUCUGGAGAGACUUUAACCCCACUAUCUUCUUUUUUACUGAGAGAAAAUUGUUUGCCCCGUGGUACAUUCUUGGCAUUAGUGGAAGAGCUUUAUUUUGGCUUCCUAGUCAGUGUUGCUAUGGGAACUAUAUAUGGUACAGUAAAUUUCUCCAUAAAUGUUCACAUGGGGAAAGUAACACAUGCCUCUUCUCUGUGAGCACCCCUCUGUGGCUUGAGUCUUUAUUUUCCAUCAUUGUUUUGCUAGAAUGUCUGGGAUCAUGUCUAUGCUAAGUUAGCCAACUAUACACAACCUACUGACUGACCCAAUCAAGCCCACCACCUGUUUUGUUGUAGACAAACGUUUGUUGAAACACAGCUGCA